GCUUCCUUCACCGGUGCCAGCUCCGACAUCUCCGUAGCUCAGAGCGAAGCUCCGUCCGGUGCUGCCGGUAGGUUCGACCACUUCCGCGCUGCAGACCUUCAACUACGUGCCCGGGCGCCUAGCAGUAGCCCUCCUUGGAGCAGAGCGGAGCUCAUGCGGAAGGGACGCGUGCGCUUCAAUCCACCGGUUUGCGAACCUGCUGCAGAGCCGAUCCUCGUGAGCUCCGCCACUGGCGGCCGGCCGCAGUGCGUGUGCUUGUGGCGC